GGUUUGAGAAUCUGAGGGUUUACUAUGAUGACCUGUUGGGGCAAAAAGAUUCACUCUUUGGGGAAAAUGAAUACACUAUCAGAUUAAGAGUGAUUAUAAAAUUCCUGCUGUUUGUACUUUGACAUUGAAGUAUGAUAUCUGACGGACAUCUUGUGGGAGAUGGAUCAUGGAACCUGCAUGUCCAUAUUACUGAUCUGCAAGUGGAGCGAAUCCUUCGAGUCAAAGGAGACCUUCAUAUUGGAGGAAUAAUGUUAAGCCUAGUGGAAGACCUUGAUGUCACUUUGGACUGGUCAGAUCAUGCCCUCUGGUGGCCAGCAAAGAACAAAUGGUUACUGCGGACAAAGUCAACCCUUGACCAGUGCGGAGUGCAGGCAGAUGCUUUAUUACAUUUCACUCCAAUGCACAAAGUGUUGAGGCUACAGUUACCAGAUCUACGAUUUCUGGACUGCAAAGUUGAUUUUUCAGUGAAGACCUUCUCUGCUGUUGUGAAGUUAUGCAGAGAGCUAGGCAUAAGAUGCCCAGAAGAGUUGUCUUUUCUUCGUCCUCUUGGUCCAGAACAUUUGAAAAAAAACUAUCGAUUCAUUGAGUGCAGUCCAAGGCAAAGGAAUAAAGAAGGACAAGGCUCUUCACUGGGAAGUUUGAGUCUAACUUCCAGCACAUCUGAUAAAGCAGAACAAGAUCCCCAAACCUUGGGAAUGCCCAGAAGUGGUCCUGUGUGGAACAACUCUGGAUAUUCCUCCAGUAAUGGAACAUUCAAUGGAUCAUAUAUUGGUACCCAUAGUUUUUCUGGUGAUGAAAGUUUUUUAAGCCAGGACUUUCCACUUGCUCAAAGUUCUAAAACUCCAACAGAAGAAGCCAGACAAGGCCUUCUUUAUCCAAAGUCUCUUACUGAAAGGAGAUUAAAUUCAAGUUGGUUGGACUCUUCUCUCUCAUUGAUGGAACAGGAUGUCAGAGAGUUUGACAUGCUGUUGUUAAAAUAUAAACUGUUUCACUUUUAUGAUCUUAAUCCCAAAUAUGAUGCUGUAAGAAUCAACCAGAUAUAUGAGCAAGCCAGGUGGUCCAUUUUAACUGAAGAAAUUGACUGCACUGAUGAAGAAAUGAUGUUAUUUGCAGCAUUACAGUUGCAAGUACACAUGCAAGCUAAAGUGCCGCAACCUAUACCACAACCUGAAGUUGAAGAUGAUGUUGAUGCUGCCUUAAAUGACCUUCAAGUAUCUUUAGAAGGCUCUACACUCAGUGAAACAAAUGGUAACUUAACCAACAUCCCAGAGAUUUCAGAUUAUCUGAAAUUUAUGAAGUCGAAACGUUUUACUUUAAAGGGCUUCAAGCAGUGCUUCUUAUCUUUCAAAGACACCAAGCUAGCUGUAUACAAAAAUCAUGAAGAAAAUCGUGAUGAACCCUCAUUGGUCAUUGAGCUCAAAGGAUCUGAAGUUUCACCUGACGUUAGUCUUGUUCAAGAAAAGUAUGGAAUAAAGCUGCAAGUGCCGAGUAACAAAGGAAUGACAGAGUAUUGGAUCAGAUGUGACUCUGAGGAACAAUAUGCUAAGUGGAUGGCUGCAUUCCGACUGGCUUCGAAAGGGAAGACUAUGGCUGACAGUUCUUAUGACCUGGAAGUGAAACAUAUUUUAGAAUUCUUGAGUAUGCAACGACCAGCGGGUAGUCCAGUAAUUAACCCCUCACAAGUGGACAUUAACCCCGAAGACUACAUAGCUCCCAGGUUUAUCAGGAAAUGGAAAGACCGACAGGUUGUAAACCGAAUUCUGGAAGCCCAUAGUAAUGUUAAAGAUCUGAAUCUCGUUGAUGCAAAAUUAAACUUUAUCAAAGCAUGGCAAACCUUGCCAGAAUUUGGAAUUUCUUUUUUUGUGGUAAAAUUUCGGGGAUGUAAACGUGAGGACCUGUUAGGAAUUGCUCACAACAGAUUGAUGCGUAUGGACCUGAACACUGGAGACCAUAUCAAAACCUGGCACUUUAACACCAUGAAAGUUUGGAAUGUGAACUGGGAAGUUAAAGAGGUGGAAGUGCAGUUCGAAGAGGAGACCAUCGCCUUCAGCUGUCUGACUGCUGAUUGCAAGGUGGUGCACGAGUUUAUUGGAGGUUACAUCUUUUUGUCCAUGAGAUCUAAAGAUCAGAAUCAAACACUUAAUGAGGAAUUGUUUCAUAAGCUCACCGGUGGUUGGGUGUAAACACCGUGCGACUUCCAAGUGAUAAGAACUUUGUUUUUGUAAUGUUCACUAAAGAAACAACUCAGUACACACGUGUAUUUUUAAUAUCUAUGUUAGUGCAGUACAUUAUGUCACUUAUAAUGCGUUUAAAAAAGUUUAAGCAGAGAAGACUUUACUUGACUGAACACUUCUUUGGACUGUAUUUGCUUUAGAAGUUUUUGAACAAUGUUAAAAUUAAAUAUUCAACCCUUUCACUUUAAAGCUACCUACAUGUCAUGUAGGUUUUUACUAUUGAUGGCAGUGUAAAUCUGCCAAAACAAGUAGGGUCUUUUAACGUUGACCCCGUGUAGUUUUUUAUUAUGCAUUUUAAACAUUGUAAUUACUUUUAAAUUUAACCUUUUCACACAAGUUACUUCAAUUGAAAGCACGGAUCUUCAUCAUCCUGAUGAAAAUCUUUACAAAUAACUCAAAACAUCAUCCAGAAACUUCUAAAACAAAUGCAGUUAUUUGCAAAAUACCAAUUUUUCACCUAACGGUACUCUUAUAUCUGUUUUAUCCAAUAUGUAAAUGAAUGUGAUGGAAAACAGCCAGUGUGUUCUUUUAAAAAUAAUGUUUAUAUUUAUUUUCAUACAUUCUUAUCUUAAUCUAACUGAAUUAAAGGUUAUAUAAUGACUUCUGUUUUUAUACUCAUCAUAAUAUUGCUUUCAGUGUAAUUGUACACUUGUGAUUAACAUGUUCAGUUUUGAAAUAUUUUGUUUUAUUUAAUGUUAUUAUUGCUCAAGGUCAAGCAUCAUUUUAACAGUGCUGUUUGGUGAGGUGGAAUGAAUAGAUAAAUAAUUACUUAGUUUUUAUGUAAUAGUGAAAGAAUGGAAUAGGUUAAAAUAGUGAUGAUUCCAAUAAUCUUACAAAAUUACACUUCCCAUUUUUAGUUUCAUUAGUCAUAAUAGGAUGUUUUAAUAACAAUUACAUAAACUUGAUUAUUUUCUUAAUCGCCUAUUUGAUGAUAUGGGAGAAUUUGGAAACAAACUUUCUAUUAAAAAAUUUCAAAGUGUAAUUAGGCCUGUUUAUUUCUAAUGCUUUACCAGAUCUUGACAUUUAAAUUUUUAAAGAAUCGGUUUACAUGGUUGUUGUGGUAAAGAGCACAAUGGGAUGGGUAAAAAAGUGUUACAAGUUUUAAGAGAUCAAUAUUUCGUGUAUAUUUUAUGAGCAGGACAAGCCUACUUUGAAACAAAUCUACUUCCAUAAAAAUUAAAGGUAAGUAUUGGUUGUUCAUAGAUACAUUUCAAAUAAUUUCUUAUAUAUUGGAACACUUGGCUUAUCAGUGCUUUUACGAUGCCAAGUUUUAUAUUUUUAUUACUGAAAUGAAUUAUAGUAGUAUUAAUAUGGUUAAUUUCCUAUAGAGAAAUUGAACUUUAUAAGGUUUUUAUGGAUAAGCAUUCCAACAAAAAUGCUAAAUGCAAUUUACCUAUGACAAGUGCCUUAAAAGUCAGUAACUUAUGAAAUGUACUGAAAAGUAAACAUGUUGAGAGAUAGGCAACAUUAAUAUACCUAGGCAACAGCUGUCACAGUGAUUGCCAAAUGUGAAUUAAACAUUUGCUUGAAUUGUUUGUUGUUUUUUAUGUCAUGAUGCAUCUUGCUCAAGUAUAAAAUGUUUAUCAACAGUCAAGACCAAUUUUAAAGUGAUCAAUUUUUACAAAUAAAACUUUGUUUCAUGUGCAUUUCCAAUAUACCCAAUCACUGUUAUAGAGGUGCCUUUUGAAAACAUGUUACUACUUCUCUAGUCAGUCAGCAAGUUUGAAAUAUAAUACAAUCACAAUGAAGGACUUCGUUCUAGUUCACAAACAAUGGAUGAUUGGAUUAUAGUUUCAAACAUCUAGUUAAAGUGGAUUUUUUUUAUGGAAUUACAUUAAAUUUAUUAAGUCAUUACCAACCCCUACCCUUCAAAUGUUUAUAUUUAUAACUAAGUGUAAAGUCCAGAAACUGGUGAUUGGCUGGCUAAUCCAAACACUUUCUGUAAUACUUAUUUCAAUAAAGUCAGCUUUCAUGGAACGUU